AUGGCAUCUUCAAACCGCUACAGGCACUCCCGCUCAUCGCGCCAGCCAGGCUGGCCCCCGGAGCUUUCCCGACUCGACCAGGAUGUAGAAGAGAUCCAGAGGGAAUUCCCUCCAGGGUCGCAAUAUCAGCAGUGGGUCUACCCCGACGAAGACGCCAUCUUUGAGCGGAGACAGAUGCGAGCAAGUUCUCCGUUUCGCCAUUAUCCCAGCAGGCCUCAUGACACGGGUCGUCGAGGCCACGAUCGACCCGAGCCCUAUCGUCGUCCCCGUCCGCACUCUUCGGCGCCCCGAUCGUCUACGCCAAGACCACUCCGGAGACAUCAUGGAGACCAAGCUUUUGACUAUCCCAGUCCAAGGCGGCAUGUCGAUGCUUGGGACGACGAUGGCUAUGAUAGAAGCCAUGAUAGUAGCCGUUCUCGUCACGACAAGGCUCCCAGAUCCGGGCAGAGGGGCAGCUUUGGCAAACUUGCGUCUGUAGGAGUGCUGGCUGCGGCCGGCAAAACGGCCUAUGAUUAUUAUAGAUCUCGCUCGGGUGAUCGAGACACGCGCUUGAGCCGCUCAAGCGAUCGAUUUCGCUCUCUGAGUAGAGGCAGAGCCACAAGCGUCUCAGGCUAUAGCCGCAGGGAUCCUUACCACAUCUCAGACGAUGAGGAUCGCUAUGAUCGGUACGACUCCCUUCAAGACUACCCAGAGCGCCCCAGAUCCCUCUCUCUCCCGGACUACGAAUACCUCAAUGAAUCAGACGGUCGGCACUCAGGCUAUUCCUCCGACUCCAACUCUUCUUCCGGCUCCAGCGCCGACGAGGCACUUACCCGCCGAAAACUACGCCGCAAGGAGCUCGUCACAGCCGGCCUUGCCACCGUAGCCACCAUCCAUGCCGGCCAUAGCCUCUACGAGAGCCAUGGAAAGCGCAAGGAGCGCCUUCGGAAGCUGAGCGAGGGUAAGAUCAGCCCUGAAGAAGCGCGCAAGCAGCGCUUGGUGGGGAAUCUGAAGGACGCGGCUAGUCUCUCACUGGCUGCGGUGGGAAUCAAACAGACCAUCGACGGGUGGAGAGAGGCCGCGAAGAAUCAUUCCGAGUAUAACGGCUUCAACGAGAAAUGUAAGCAGAGGGCGAGAGAGCGGGCGCGGAAACGUGCUUCAUCAAUGGAUUCUGGGUGGUGA